AUGUCUUCUCUGAAUACUUCCGCGAACGCUCUCCUCACGGUAGCUCUGUCGCGUGCCGACGCCCGUUCAGCCCCGUCUGCGGCGCCAGCUUGGGGUGCGCCUACUAUCACCAACGUCGUCACCAACAUAUCUCCCAACCCAAUCACCCUGCUUAGAUGGUCGUCUCCGCUCGACCCUCUCGCUCUGCAGCUGGGACUGCUGCACAUUACACCCGCUGGCAGCGACAUCGAGAUGGAGAUACCGACCGUCAUAGUGAGUCGGCAGCUCCCGCCCGAACGGGAGGAUCUGGUAACGCUUGGGCCGGGAGAGAGCAAGGCGCAAGAGAUCGAGUUGAAAGACAUAUUUGUACCCAAGGAAAGGCUCUUCCCUCAAGGUGGCGGAGGACAAGCAAAGGUUGUGUGCAAGGGAGAGUGGAUGGCUGUCUGGCCGGGGCUGCGGGGAGACGAGAUCGAUGACGAGGCACUGCAGUUGAUGGGUGCCCAUGAGAAGGCUGUAAAAGGAGAGUACGAGUCUGGGCCUCUGGAGAUUUCCCCAGUCUUGUAA